AUGUCACCAUUUUGCAGAAGCAAUGAAAAUGUUUUCAAAAUGCCCAUGCUUGAAUGUUCGCUCUACGGAGUAGCAAGCAGCACGGUAGACUACAGCAACGAGUAUAAACACAGGAGAUACACCAGAGUUGAGCACAUAUAUAAGAGAGGAGACACUCACAUAUAUGUGCACGUAGAUGAAGAUAGGAAGAAGCACAGGCUGAUUUAUUACAGUAAGGUGGAUAGAAACAAGCAGAGGACGUGUUUGGCGUUGAAUAUGGAACUGUUUGAGACAAAUGAAGACAUAUUUCAUGUAUUAGAAAUAAACAAGUUUACCAGAAUAAGCAUAAUGGAGUGUGAAAUAGAGGAAUUCAGAAUAAGUGGAUACAGGGUAGAAAUUAACAAGGAGAAUGGAUCAGAGGAGGCCAUGAUCAAGGCAUAUUGCUAUGUUGAUGAUGUGAUAGAAGGAGAAGAAUUGCUUGAGAAUGUUUACACUGACCUGGGUAUAAAAAUGGUCUAUUCAACUGAGAUGUUUAUGAAAUGA